AUUCAUUUUCAAACAAACUACAAAGUACAUUUCAUAAUAUACCUAUUGAAUAUUUUAGAUGUUAAUUAGUGUCUAUUCUUUCUUUUAAUAUCAUCAUAUGUUUAAAGAAAAUCAAUUCUAUAUUGAAAUAUAAAACAACGAACAACUAACAACAACAACAACAACAACAAAAAGAAAAAAAGAAAAAAAAGAGAAAAAAAUGAAAAAAUUAUUUUAUUUUAUCUUGAUAAUCUUCUUUUUACAUUUAUUUCUCAUUAAAAAAUCCAUAGAAAUUCAUUUGAAGAAUACAACACAAAGUUUAUUAUCAUUAAAUACAGAUUAUAUAACCAUCAUGGAUUAUCCAAUACGUAUGUGUGGUAAUGAAUUUUUAAAAAAUCUUAAACGUGUUUGUUCUAUACGUGGAAUAUAUACACCAAUUAAUCGUUUAAAAAGAUCAUCAUCCUCCUCCACCUCCUCCUCCUCCUCAUCAUCAGAACAAUAUUCUAAUUUGGAAAGAAUAUUACAACGACAAAAACGUUUUGAUGAUUUAUGUACAUUAUAUACAAUUUAUGAACCAGAUCAAGUUGUAACACAAUGUUGUUGUAUUGGUUGUAAUCGUAAAUAUUUAGAACAAUUUUGUAAUCCAAAUUAA